AUGGAGGUCGAAGAACCAGUGUUGUCUGCCCCCGAAGUCCAGGUGGUGGACCCGGAUGUCCGCGCCCAUGUCUACAGUCUUGUCACUGCGUUGGGUGGGUUCAAUGGAGAAGACGCCGACAAAUAUGUGCUGGGUGAUGAUGCACUGGCAUGUCUCCGGGAUAUCAAGCGCUGGCUAAAACUAUACGAUGAGAAACACAAUCGGAUGGAUGUGGCACGAUGUCUGGGAGAGGUCAAUCUUGUCAACGGUGACUUGCUACCCAUCCUGUCGGUCUGGGCAAACGGCAAGAAACAAACCAAAUAUAUGUCGAGGAUUGCAUUGGCGUGCUUAGAGCUGCUUGUUCCUUUGACAUGGCCCAUAGAGCUGCACGGCGAGAUGACGGUCAAUCAUCAUCGGCAUAUACCAUACAUACAACAUGCCCAUGUCUCCUAUAAGCGUGGUCUUCUCAGUCAUGCCAGCACCAGCUAUCUUCGAACAAUGAUCAGUGUUGGCAUCCCAAGCAUGGCCAUUCCACGAUCCGAACGAACCACCCGCGACGAAGGUAUCCUUAAACUGAUGCUCUACCUGCUUCGAAACAUUGCUUUGAUUACCCCCAAUACUCGUCUCGCGGCGGAAGGUGAUGAGGAGGAAACAUCGAGAUCGGCAACCAUCAAUGCCUUUCAGGAACAAGACGCCUUUGCGCUUCUCCUUACCAUGUGUUCCAACGUUGGUGACGACUUUACUAUGCAGGACGUGGCUCUUCUUGAGAUACUGUUCCAUUUGAUAAGGGGAGUCAACGUCGAGAAGCUAUUCAUGGACGAUAUUCAACGAACAGCCAAGCGGACGGAUGAGCUUGAUGAUUUGCUGCGGAAAGAGUCGUCUUUACGGAGAGAGUACGCGAAGAAUGCACCGACUCGACAUGGCCGAUUCGGGACGAUGAUUUGGGUCAAGCGCGAUGACGCCAAAUACUCGACGGUGUCAGGGCAGAACGUUCUCAAGGACAGCCAGGCGACCCUCCAGAAGAUGGACGAAAGCAAGAAGUGGAACAAGCCUCAGUUUCGCCGAAAGCCACAGGAUGUGACUGUGCACAAUGACUUCAACACCCCGGUUCACCUGAACUCUACAGCCUCCAACAACCUGCGGAUGUUCGUGGAAGAGUUCCUGGACUCGGGGUUCAACCCUCUUCUCACUCAUGUGCGGAAGGCGAUCGAACGUGAAGCAGAUCGUGUUAUGGAUAUCAAUACGCGCCAGUUCCUCUACGCUGUCGCCUGGUUUCUUGAGGCAGAACGUGCAAGGCGCGCGCGUCAACGUAAUAGGCAUUCCGAGAGUGAAAAGUUGGCAAAGGAGCUAGAGCCAGAUAGCUUCGGACUCGUCGCUGGUGUGCUUAAUCAAGAAACCUUCGUCUUCCUAAAUCGCGCCAUGCAGUACGCACUGGAUAAUAAGGAUUGGGAAGAUCUAAAUGCCGGCAUGCGCUGCUUCACCCAGAUCUUGUUGACCGUGCAGGACAUGGCCCAGUCUCCGCUCGAAGAGGACCAAGAGAUCGCUGAAAACAUCCAAAACCGGAUUUUCUACGAAGAAACAACCCACGACCGCGUCCUCGCCGUCAUCCGCGGCUACAACGAUCAAGGAUUGGGCUACUUAGAUGCAUGCACAGAACUGACCCAUGUUUUCCUGCGGAUGUUGGAGCGCUAUUCUAAAGAGAACCUCGAUAUGCAAGUACGUUCUCGGCGGCGUGCUAGACGCAAGGCCAAGGAAGUCGAGGGGCCCGGGAAUGAAGAGAAUGACGAAGGAGAACGGUCGGAAGACGAGGAUCUAGCAGAAGCCGAGAGAGUGUCGAAAGAGCGCAAGUUCGACUUCAGGCGCUUUACUGCUAGGUUCUGCAACCAGAAGUGUGUUGACACCUUCAUCGCUUUCACCAAGCACUACCGGGAGUUGAACGCGGAUCAGUUGAAACGCGCCCACCGUUAUUUCUACCGGAUUGCGUUUAAGCAAGAGAUGAGCGUCUUGCUGUUCCGUCUCGACAUCAUCAACCUCUUCUACCGAAUCAUUAAAGGGCCAGGCGCUUUGGAUUCAAGCAAACCGAUCUUCAAAGAGUGGGAGGAGUUAGUGCGCCAGAUCAUCAGACGACUGACCAAGAAGCUUGACCAACGCCCUGCUCUGUUUGUAGAGUUGCUCUUCAGCAAGAUCAACUCCACUACAUUCUACCUCGAAUAUGGGCACGAGCGGCAAACACUAUCAACUGCCAGGAGAGCUCCAGCUGAGCUUGAAAUCGACCCUCGACAAGCAAGUACGAUUGAGGAGAAGCUCAGCAUCAUGGUGCCUGCCCUGGUCUUGGAUGGGGAGGCAGAUCUGGUCACCUGGGUUAGCGAGGUCUUAGGGUCGGCAUUCGAAGAGAGGGAGGCUUGGGAAGCCCAGGAAAAAGCCCUGCGCGACGCGGGUGCGGAGAAUGCGAAGAUACCCAACCCUAUGAUUGCGGUGAAAGCGCGUGAUGAUGCAUGCCAACAGGCGAUGUUCUCCAAUGCCAAGCUCCGUCUCCUGAUGACAUUGGUCAAGUUUGAGCGGCUUGGUGUGGAAGACCUGCCCGGAGCAUCCUGGGUCAUUCCCUCGACGCCAAGGGCUCAGGAUCUCCGGGAGAUGAAAUCAUUCAUCGACAAAUAUCUCGAAAAGGCUCUGAGAGGGACACUUGGGCGCGACCCUCGCGAGCUGAUUCGACGCAAAUAUGGCGGCAGGAAGCUAGGAGACAUUCAAGAAAACCCUGACAUCCACUUCGAGUCCGAUUCUGAGGGCGAGGAUGAGGUCCCCGAUGGACCUCUGUUCCCGCCCAACCCUCGAUCCAGGGCGAAACCCUCCAAGGAACCCCAGAAGAAGAGAAAGCGUAAGGAACGCAACGCGGAUGAUCAAGAUGAAGAUGACGCCGUAGAUGAGGAGACGUUGGAGGAGCGUCGCCGGGCCCGCCAGGAAAACACACGAGCUCGUCUUGCAAAGAUCAAGAGUGAUCUGUACGUGCACGCUAGUGACGAAGACACCGACGAGGAAGCAGAUAAGGAAUUCUUCCUCCUGGAGGAGCAGAGACGUAAAGAGCAAGCCCAGCGAGUGAAGAAAGCGUUGCUCACUGGGAUCACGGAGGACGUGGAUGGCGCAGCUAGCAAGAAAGGCCAACGCAAGCGCCAAAACAGUCGACUGGGCACUCGGACGGGUGAGACAAAGAGCAAGCGACAGCGGCGGGGGGACCAGACCGACGAAGAUGCCGCAGACGUCGAAGACGACGAUGUGGGGAUGGAAGGAACUGAUGCCUCGUCGCCGCAGGCGCAAAGAGGGGGCACGCCUUCGCACGAGGCGGAAGAUGGAUUUGAUCUUGAUGAUGACCUGGCAUUUAGUCGCGAUCGAGGGAAAGCAUUGGAGACCCCCUGGGUCGAAAACCUGGACUCAAACAGGCCCGACGAUGUAAAGGCACCUGACGAGGAUGAAGACGCCCCGGUUGCUGCAACCAGUCGCAGACGAAUGCGCGCAGGCUUCGUGGUGGACAGUGACUCGGAGUAA